UGACUGUCCCCGCUGUUUACGCUGUUCUUUGGUGGAGGCUCCUAGGCCCUGCCCCGCCUUCAAUCGACGCCAUCAACGGCACCCCACCCAGCAGAUCCACCGCCGUUUUUCACGCAAAUAGGCAUCCGCAGAGUAAUAUUCCCGCGCAGAUAUAUGUACACACACGCACGCAGACAUAUUUUGGCCGUUUACGCGUCAUGACUGCCAUCCCUGUUAUAGACAUCCGCGCGUCGUCUUGCACGACGAAAAUCCCGGUUUCGAGGCACGUCAAUAAAUCUCCAGCGAGGAUCCCGGUUCCUGUGAGGGUCCGAGCACGAGUGUCGCAGCCUGCGGUUCUAUUUGUCCCGCGGAAAGCCUGCGACUCUGUGACAUAUUCCACAAGGCUCUGUACGCACGUGCGUCAUUCUGCAACUACUACUACUACUUCUACAACCACUGGUAAUACUAGGACGUCUCGGAGGAGCCGCGUCGUGCAGAAAUCACCGAUGGCGUUUAUUGCCAGCGGCGUGAAUGGUAUCAAUGGCAGCGUCAGCAGCGGCCUACGCAGUGCUAGUGGCAGCAGCAGCGGCAACCAACUGCGCUCUUCCUUUCUCGUCGCUAGACUAAUGAUUACGCCGUGCGACGACAGCGAGUAUCGGACUCGACAACGCCGCGGCGGCGGCGGCGGCGGCGGCGGUGGUGGCCUGUCGUGUCCUCCGUUCGCUCCGCGCAGGCCGUCAUCGUUCGAGGCGCGUCCACACAGACCCCCCGAAAUAGUCACACUGGCUUCUGGCCGGCACCAGGCACUCGCGUCUAGCCGGCACGAGACGUUCUCCUCGUUCGACGACAUGAUUCGCUCCUCCGACCUCGUGCUCGUCGAGUUCUAUGCCACGUGGUGCGGGCCGUGCAAGCACAUGGCGGGCGUGCUGCAGAGCUUGUCGCACCGACUGCUGGACUCCGUCAAGAUCGUGAAGAUAGACACGGAGAAGUACCCCAAGCUGGCGUCGCGGCACGCCAUCACAGCUUUGCCCACAGUCGUGAUCUUCAGACACGGGCAGCCCGUCGAUCGAAUUGAGGGCAUUCUCCCCCCUGAAGAGCUCAUCCUGCGCCUCAGCUCCCUCCUCGCCUCCUCUCACACGCACUAGUCUUGUGACUGACUGGCAGCAUUCGUUCUAUAGAGAUCAAAAGUACUACUGGUACGGUAGGUACCGGUAGGAAGGAGUCUCUCCGUCCGUUCCCCGUCCGGCUCUGACAGCAGCCUUUUGUAAUUAUUGCUGGAUUAUAAUUUCCUUGCAGCUCCUUCUGCCUAAAGGGGGAAAGGGGAGGGAGGGGUGCAGGCCGUGGGAAGGGGAGGGUUUUCAUUUCAAGGGUUUUGAUUGGGCACUGCAGCCUCCAGGGAGAGGGAAUUCCUAGGUUCCAGGGUGCAUGGCAGUGGCAGAUCAACAGUAGUAUCGUACUAAGUGAAUCUGGUAUGUU